UGUCAGAUUUUUUUUUCAGUGUCAGGACAAUGGCGGCUACAAUUGGAAGAAUCUGCGGAGUGCAAUUGCUAAAAUCUAGCAAUCGGGCUGCCCUUCAGCAGAUCAACCACUUCUCCGCCACCAGGGCAUGGAGCAAGACGCAGAAGAGGUUGCUGGCCACCAUGGGGAUGCUCGCUGGUGGUGCUGGAGCUCUCGUGUAUGCUCUUGAACAAUCUGUCCAGGCAUCGGGGACGGAGGUUCAUGCUCCGCGGCAACCAUGGAGUCAUAGUGGAAUUAUUUCAUCUCUAGAUCAUGCAAGUAUCCGUCGUGGGUAUGAAGUCUACAAGCAAGUGUGUGCUGCGUGCCACUCAAUGCGUGAUAUUGCCUAUCGCAAUCUCAUUGGGGUCUCACACACGGAGGCCGAGGCGAAGGCUGAAGCGGAGCAGAUUCUUGUGCGUGAUGGUCCGAAUGAGAGUGGGGAGUACUUUAUGAGGCCCGGCAAGUUGUCCGACUACUUCCCCAAUCCCUAUCCGAACGAGGAAGCUGCCCGUGCUGCCAACAAUGGGGCCUUUCCGCCGGAUUUGAGUUACAUCUCCCUGGCACGCAAGGGUGGUGAGGAUUACAUCUUUGCCCUGCUUACGGGCUACGUUGAUCCACCAGCUGGUAUUGUACUCCGUGAGGGACAACACUACAAUCCCUACUUCCCCGGUGGAGCCAUUUCCAUGGCUCAAGCGCUCUACAAUGAGGUAUUGGAAUACGAGGACGGCACCACACCGACUGCCAGUCAAUUUGCAAAGGAUGUGGCGACAUUCUUGAAGUGGGCCUCUGAACCGGAAUGGGAUGAGCGCAAACGGAUGCUAAUUAAGGCUGUUGGCAUGUUUACCUUCCUAACAGUCCUAGCUUACUACAUCAAGAGGCACAAAUGGUCUGUGCUCAAGUCGCGAAAGGUUGUGUUCCAGCCCAAGAAUCACGAAAAGUAGAGCGCUGCCAUCAUGCCGAUUUGCGACGAGAAAACAGUUUGAAUGCUAAUUCAGAGCUACUCAGAAUAUUAGAAGAAAAUUAUAAAAUCAAUCUGUUGUUUUUUGUUCAAUUUUAAUUCUAUCACAACGUGUAUUGAGGCAUCCACAAAGGGGAAUUUGAAGAGAGAAAAAAAUAAAAAUGAAUUAAUAGUAAAAGGAAGCGUUCCACCAAAUGGUCGUCUUGCAGCUGCUGCAGUGCUCCAACAUCAACAAAAGAGGGUAAUAAUAAAAAAGGAAAGGAUAAACAUUACUACAGCAUUGUAUUGAAAAAAGAAAUGUAGAAAUUGCAAUUAUCUGUUUAAGAUAAAAAUAAAUUAUUUAAAAAUGUCAA